GUGUGAAUCAGUAACUUUUAAUAUUUGAUUUUGUUUCAAAAUAUCACGAUUCAAACUAACUUUGAUCCACACGUUUAGCUUUUCGCUUGUCAUUGGAUUAAUUUUCAUUUGAGUCGUAAAGCAAAACAUCAAGAUGGGCAAAAAGAGCAAUAAGAUUGUGAAAAAUAAAGCUAGUCGAGGGCAAGACGGGGACAUUGAAGUGGCCGAGCCAGUGGCAGCCCAAAGCAGCACAGAGGAGUUAGAACACCGCAAUAAAUCUGAGGCCAAUUUCUACUGCGACUACGUGGCACGGCAAAAUGGAAGCCAGAACCAAGAAAAUUGCGCAGAGGGGGAGAAAAUGUAUUGUUGCUCUUUUCAUGCCAAAUUGUUACAGCAACGCAGCAAGGAGCCAUCGGCCCCCUAUCCCUUAACCAGCAAUCCCAUCUGGAUGAGAGUUAUGGGCCCCAUGCCACCCACCAUUUCCACGCCAGGGUUCGAUAUCAAUGUUAAAAUUCGGGACAAGAAGAAGUCCGGUGGGGCUGUCGAGGUGCCUGAGAUCUUUGAUACAUAUGCAUAUGGCGAGGAACUCAAGAGAAGGGGCUUUAUAUCAAAGAUUCAGUUGCCCGACUUUCGCAAGAUGAUGCCACGUGGCUACCAUGGGGCGACGAUGGAUAUAGAUAGCCCUAUGCCAGACGCAUAGAGAGAAGAUGCUCUGACUGUCGUUGUGCCGCCUGAAGUGGAACAAGCCAAUGCCCUGCAGAAUGAAAUGCCGGGGACAUCCCAUUUGUGACAGGAAAACAAGAAAACAAAAAAGAAAACGCACACCAAGUCCACCAAAAUGUCCCGCAAA